UCCACCCCCUCUCUCUCUCUCUCUGUAGACGUCAGAGAGAAAAUUAAGGAUGAAGUUGUCGUCGUCGUCGUCUUUUGGAAGAAGCAGCUCAAAACGGUCCAGUUGCAGCCGGGCAUUCGAGCUACUGGACGUCGACCUUGAAGACCGCUCCGGAGGCGGAGUCGUUGGUGGAGCAAUGCUGCCGAUAUUUCUCAACGACCUGAGACGAAACAAUGACCAAGACACGGUUGAAGUCACACUAGAGCUCGAGGACGACUCCAUUGUUGUCUGCAGCGUUACGCCGACGACGGCCACAGCAGAGCCUGCGGCAGGGACGUCAGAAGGAGUUUUUGGGAGGAGCCACUCGGUGACGUCCAGAAUCCGCCGGAAAUUCCCGUGGCUGAGAUCCCCGUCCUUUUCGCGGGCGUCGACGACGUCGGAAACGGAGGAGCAUAACAAAAUAACCGCUCGCGACGUUCGCAGGAUGAAAGCGAGACUUCAACGGACGAGAUCGAGCGCACAGCAGGCUCUCAAAGGACUAAGAUUUAUUAGCAACAGUACCAUUAGCGGAGCUUGCGAAGAAGAGUUAUGGAGGAAAGUUGAGGCGAGGUUCGAGUCACUAGCCAAGGAAGGCUUGCUUGGUAAAGAAGAAUUCGGAGAAUGCAUAGGGAUGGGCAGGGAGUCGAAGGAGUUUGCGGUGGGGAUAUUCGAUGCAUUGGCGCGGAGGCGGAGACAGAAGAUAGCCAAGAUUACAAAAGAAGAGCUUUACGACUUCUGGUUGCAGAUUUCAGACCAGAGCUUCGACGCUCGGCUUCAGAUAUUCUUUGACAUGGCAGAUAGCAACGAGGAUGGAAGAAUUACAAGGGAGGAGGUACAGGAGCUUAUAAUGCUCAGUGCUUCUGCAAACAAACUAUCCAAGUUGAAAGAACAGGCAGAAGAAUACGCUUCAUUGAUUAUGGAAGAGCUUGAUCCAGAAAACCUCGGAUACAUUGAGUUAUGGCAGUUGGAAACACUGCUGCUUCAAAGAGACACUUACAUGAAUUACAGCAGACCACUCAGCACAGCAAGUGUAGGCUGGAGUCAGAACAUCGGUUCCUUGAGGCCAAAGAAUGUGAUGCGAAGAGCAACCGAGACACUCCGAUGUCUCAUAAUAGAGAAUUGGCAGAGGGGUUGGAUUUUGUUGUUGUGGUUGCUAACCAUGGCAGGUCUCUUUGCCUGGAAAUUCAACCAAUACAGGAGUAGGGCUGCUUUUCAGGUCAUGGGAUAUUGCUUGGCGACAGCCAAAGGGGCUGCAGAGACUCUGAAACUCAACAUGGCUCUCAUCCUCUUACCUGUUUGUCGAAAUACCCUGACAUGGCUUCGGUCCACAAGAGCCAGAUCCUUUGUCCCCUUUGACGACAACAUCAAUUUCCACAAGAUGAUUGCAUGUGCUAUAGCCAUUGGAGUGUUCCUUCAUGCAGGAAACCAUCUGGCAUGUGACUUUCCUCGCCUUGUAAACUCAUCUCCAGAAGAUUUUGCCUUGAUAUCUACAGAUUUCGACAGAAACAAAAAGCCAACGUACAAAGACCUAUUGAGUGGUGUUGAAGGCGUGACUGGGAUUUCUAUGGUGGUUUUAAUGGCCAUCUCCUUCAUUCUAGCAACAAGUCACUUUCGAAGAAAUGUGGUGAGGCUGCCUGCACCGUUCAACAGAUUGACAGGCUUCAAUGCAUUUUGGUACUCUCAUCAUCUUCUCGGCCUUGUUUAUGUUUUGCUACUUGUUCAUGGAACCUGCUUGUUCUUGGCACACCAGUGGAACCAAAAAACGACAUGGAUGUACAUCUCUGUUCCUUUGCUGCUCUACGUAGCAGAGAGGACUGUGCGAACUUGUAGAUCAGAGCAUUAUUCAGUUAAAGUAUUGAAGGUUUCGGUACUGCCAGGAAAUGUUUUUAGUUUAAUCAUGUCGAAGCCUCAGGGAUUUAAGUACAAAAGUGGGCAGUACAUAUUUCUACAAUGCCCAUUAAUCUCCCCAUUUGAAUGGCAUCCAUUUUCCAUCACUUCAGCACCAGGAGAUGACCACCUAAGUGUUCACAUUCGGACAGUUGGAGACUGGACGCAAGAAUUGAAGCGAAUUUUCACUGAGAGCGAUUAUUUAACAUCUAUCAGUAGUCGAGCCAGAUUUAGUCUGCUUGGGCAAAUGGAUCAAAGAGGCCAACCCAGAGUGCUUGUUGAUGGCCCAUAUGGGGCUCCAGCACAGGACUACAAAAAUUAUGACGUCUUGCUCCUAGUUGGACUUGGGAUUGGAGCUACUCCUUUCAUAAGCAUCCUUAGAGACCUUCUACACAAUACAAGAUUAGAAGAACAACUGGAUUCAAACACGGAAACCAGCAGAUCAGAUGAAAGCCUGAAUAGCUUUACUUCUUCAAAUUUGACACCGGGUGGAAAGAGGAAGUGGCAGAGGUGUAAAAAUGCUCAUUUCUACUGGGUUACUAGGGAGCCAGGGUCCUUUGAAUGGUUUAAAGGAGUAAUGGACGAAGUAGCUGAAAUAGAUUACAAAGGCCAAAUUGAGCUGCACAACUAUCUUACCAGUGUUUAUGAAGAGUACGAUGCGAGGUCAACACUGAUCACAAUGGUUCAGGCUCUCAACCAUGCCAAACAUGGGGUCGACAUCCUAUCUGGAACCCGAGUAAGGACGCACUUUGCUAGGCCUAAUUGGAAAGAAGUGUUCACUAAAAUAGCGUCAAAGCAUCCAUAUGCAACAGUAGGGGUUUUCUACUGUGGGAUGCCAGUUUUGGCCAAGGAGCUGAAGAAACUAUCUCGUGAGCUGAGUCACAAGACCUCGACCCGUUUUGAGUUUCACAAGGAGUAUUUUUGAGAUGAAAAAUUCUUCUCAUCAGCCACUAUUCACUACCCCACACCCCACACUCUAAAAAAAAUAAAAAAUUAAAAAAAA